AUCAAUACUAGAAUAAAUAUUUCAUUUUGGACGAACUUAUUUUGAUAAAUUAUAGAGCCUAAGAUACCAACCUUUAUAAUUUGAAGACAACAGUUACUUUAAGGGCAUUCGGCACCAGGUGGAAAUGAAAUUCAGCGUUCAGGGAACAAGCCUGAGUUGAACAAAGUCCAAUCUUAGUUGGCCAUUGAGAUGACGUCUUAAAAAACAAAGAUAUGCUGUUACUGAAAACAUUGUUACUUUUUGCUGUCUUUUGCCAAGUUUUCAGCACCUAUGAAAAUCAUCGUCAAAAACACGCGUAUGAAACCUUGAUCGAAGACUUGCUCAAAACUGAUCGAUAUGACAACAGAGUGCGGCCUAUCAGAGACCCAUCUUUGCCCAUCAAUGUGACCAUAAGCCUGGCACUACAUGUAAUCGAGAAUCUAGAUGAAAGAAAGCAAGUUCUCACAUCAAGAGUAGAACUAUAUCAGAGUUGGUAUGACUACCAGUUAAGAUGGAACGCCUCACAAUAUGGUGGCAUAAAAGUAAUAAGUGUUUCUUCACAGCUAGUAUGGACCCCAGAUAUAUUUCUAUAUGGCCAAGCCGAAGGUCGAUUCGGAGCCGGACGCAAGAGGAACAACGCAGUCGUAAACUACAACGGUAUUGUCACCCUUGACUAUCCUGCCAUCUUCAAAACGACGUGCGAGCUGAUCAUUGACAAGUACCCAUUUGACUCCCAGCAAUGUGAUAUAAGGCUUGGAAGUUGGGUAUACGACACCAGACAGCUGAAAUUGUUUCUCAAGGAGCCGUCAGUGAACACUAAGCAUUACGUACCAAAUGGUGAAUGGGAACUCAAGUCUGCGACGAUGAAACUAAAUGAAUACAAUGGAUCAAAGAUAUCCUGGGACAGCGCCGUGAUUUCCUUCCAUUUAAGGCGUCUUGCAUUGUAUCAUUCCAUGUAUUAUCUUAUUCCUUGCGCGAUGAUUGGCUUAAUGACUAUAAUAGUCUUUGUUCUGCCUGUCAACAUGAACGAGAGAAUGACAGUGGGCCUAACCUUGUUGAUCGCCCUGAGUUUCUUCUUCUUGCUGAUGGCCGAGAACUUGCCAGCCAUUGCCAAGACGAUCCCCAUUGCUGCCAAGUACUACACCGCAACAACCGUUCUCAGUGCCAUUGCCUAUUUCAUGACAUGCAUUGUUCUGAAAUGCCACUUUAGCAACCCUUUGGAAGGAGACGCGCCAAACUGGAUCCGGGUAUUGGUACUAGAUUGGAUUGCUAGCAUUAUAUUUAUGAAAAACAAGAACGAGGCUGAUAAUGACAGCGAUAACGAGUUUGCAGGAAGGCAGCUAGAAGAUAACAACAAGAAAGAGUUCAAGAAAAGGGAGAUGACAAAGGAAGAGAGGAGGUCGAACAGCGUGAUCAAAAACAGUGUUCGCUUGCAAGCAACAUUGGAUGGAAGAAAGGAAGAAUGGAACAAGAUCGCACAUGUCCUCAAUCGACUUUUCAUGAUUCUUUAUACUUCUUCAUUCUUAUUAGUAACCAUCAUGCUGUUAGCAUCAGCUGUUUGGUAAACAAAAACAAAAGUUGCAUAACAGUCGUUGGAAUUUACAUUUAAAAGUGGCUAGGCCAUGUUUUGAUUUCCGUCAGUGACAAAGUGAUAGGUCUUUCAUAUUUGAACAGCCAUUGCAAAGAGACCUUCACACUAUGAACGUUGAACUGACUAUGUAUUGCUAUUCAAAAUAACAUACCAGCAUGUUAUCCUUUAACACUCUAAUGGAUUUUUUAUUAGCUAUGUAAAAGUUGUACUGAAUUUCUUUCGUUCUGAAUCAUUUAUAAACUAGCGAGUUCCAUGCGAACAUCUACUUUUGUUA